AUGACAGACAUGAAAGUAGUGCUGGAUGAGCAGUCUGAUCUGAGAUGUGGUGAGAAGUGGAGUUUGGACGGUCUAGUGAAGCACUUGUUGAAGAAGCAGCUCUUCAAAGACAAACUUGUGCGCUGUAGUCACUGGGACGACUUUGGUCUGACAGAAGACCAGAAGAGAUAUGCUGCCACUGAUGCUUACGCUGGAUUGCUCAUUUAUCAGAAUCUACAGGAAAUGAUGUCUGGCUGCUCAGAAACCUCAGCGCUCGCUUUGAAACUGAGAGUUUUUCAGAUUGCUCGUGAUCUUAACAAUCUUGCUGAUAAUCUUCCAGAUGAGCUUGACUGCGUGACCAGAAGGCAGGGCUUCCUUCGAUAG